AUGACAAGUCCAGUACAUCUUGACCCAUUGACUGUCGCAACAAAUCGUGGUGUUGAACGAGACUCACACUUUACAGUUUUGAUUACACCUCCAGUUCUAAAUCCGCUAUCAACUUUCACAUCUGUUUCAAAAUAUGCUACAGCAACGAGAAAACUAAAUUUGUCUUUACCUAGUGGAAGUGCAUUCGGACCAUGUGAUUACGAAGGAAUUGCAACACCAGCAUUACAGCAAAAAGAAGAAGGAGAUGAUUAUCAAUUAAUGGAUAAAGUCAUAAUUAAAACUGUAGCGACAAUUCGUGAUCAAAUCAAAUUAAUGAAUAAUAAUAAUAAUAAUAAUCCUGUUAAUCGUUAUGAACAAGCAUCUAAUCUAAAAACACUGACCCCUGAAGAAUACGAACAGCAACUGCCAAAAUUAUUAUUGAAUUUUAUCAUAUUGUGCACGAUGAAUAACGAUGAGUAUGAUCAGUUCUUAUACAAUGAUGAGUUAGUGGAUUUAUAUGAAAAUGAUAUUGUUUGUGAUUCAGUCAAAAAGUUGAAACAAAUGUCGAUUUUGCUAUGA